UCUGGAGACUGGGAGCUCUUCAGGAAUACCAUCCAGUGAAUCUCAAUCCCAUUUCACUUUCUUCAGCAUGAGGCACAUUAGAUUCCAUUAUACCGGGGCUGCGUUCUUCUUCCUGCUGUUCUCUGCAACAGGUGCUGAGCCCUACAGUCUUUUAAAAGUCCUCGAGGAGGUCCAGGCAGAGCCCCAGAACUACCCUUCACCCCUGUACUCGUUCUCCCUCUGCAUGGAGAUCAACAACCGUGUCUUCAGCGACGUUCUGCUCAACACAAGCUCACAGCAGUACAAGCACCUGUAUGCAGAGGUUGCUGGAGUUCUGGACUUAGCCUUUAACUGCUCCGACUGUGACACAAGAGAAACCUACAGAGGACUGACAAACAUGCGCUUCAGUAACGGGUCUGUGAUCGCAAAUUGUACCAUCCAGUUCCAGACCAUUUUUAUCAACAAUGUUGUGAUCAAAUAUUUGUUCCUGAGGGCUAUAGAUAAUAAGACUCUUGUGAACGGUCUUGCAGUCAACAGACAGUACACUGCUGAAAUAGUCACACCUUCCUGGCUUUUUCCAAAAUCCUCGACUCCGGUGGCAGAACCUAUUGUUCAGGGGCUUCCUGGUUGGGCCAUUGCAUUGUUAGUGCUAGCGUGCAUCAUCAUCCUGCUUCUCCUCAUCAUCAUGCUACUGUUAUGCUGUUGGUGCUGUAGGAGAAAAGAAAAAAAGGAAGAAACACAAACCGUAACGCCGUAUGAGAGAACGUCUUUCAAAGAACAUCUCGCCAAUCCCACAUAUAUGUCAAACACACCUGAGAAGAACCCCAACUACCGGAACAUGGGAGAACCGGAAGCACAACAUGGCAACCAAUCCGGGAUCUACAUGAACCAUCAGAGAUGAAAACCACAACACCACUAGGCAUGGAGUAACUGAUGCCAUGAAGAGUCAGGAUGGAAAAGCGGUUUCUCUCAUAGAUGCUGGGUUCUUCAGCAAGUUUCUAAACAUGUGGCAUCAUUACCAUCUCUAAUAGAAGUAUUAUACUCAACUGAAUAGAAAACUAUUUAUUUCUGUACUAUUUAUGAAGCACAGAUAUGGGAUUUGGGUCUGUGAACUUUUGCAUCUCUUACUCUAUUUCAGUGGAACAUCAUAAGACCGGGGCUAGUUGUCACACUUAAUACUCCACUAAAUAUUGACCACGUU